AUGUUCUCUUCCAACUAUGAACGUGUGAGUUGUCUCAAUUAUGCUGUUUCGUAUUCGUCAAUACUGACUCGAUCCCAGGUGCAAACACACGAUGACGACGAUCACGUAGCCAGCCAGCACUCACAACCCAUCCCAAACUCGCCGCCACCAUCUUUCCGCUCUCGCAACUCUUCUCGCAGAAACUCUGCUCAACACGACCAGCACCACGACGAGGACGCUGACCGAGAUAUUGACGAUGCCUUUGCUGCUCCAUCUGAUGACGAGUCCGACCAUGACGGCCCCGACGCCGACCGUAGGCGACUUGUUCAGUCCAACGAUCGCGACGACUCUCCAGAAGCCCCGGCCUCCCAAGUCCGACCUCCCCGACUAGGCCGUCAGGUUACCGAGAUUAAUAUGUUCCUACCUGGUGGAAGUCGCUCGUCCAAUAACAGAGUCGUUGGUGGCGGAAGCAGUGCGAACGAUGGUGUAUUCGCCAAUAUCUCGGCGAAGCCCACUCGUGGUGAAGAGCUCGAGGAAAAGCCUCCGGUACGUUCGCUUGUGUAUCAAUCGCUUCUUGAACGAUAUACUGACCUUAUCGCAGNNACCUAUGAGCAAGCAGCCGCUGACUCGGCGCCUCCAUACUGGGAAACCUCUAUUUUGGCUCCUGGCGCCUUCAACAGCGACGACAUUUUUGUUGAUGGCCUCGUCGUUGGCAGUCUAUUCUCCUUCGUCUGGAACGCUCUUAUCUCCAUGUCUUUCCAACUUAUCGGUUUCCUCCUCACAUAUCUUCUUCACACCACACAUGCCGCAAAGCACGGCUCCCGUGCUGGCUUGGGUAUCACCUUGAUUCAAUACGGCUUCACCUUCCGAUCAGUACCUGCAGAUCCUGUCUCUGGCGUACCAGCAAACGACCCAUCUGGCACUAUCCCUUCAGACCCCAACGCUCACAACUUUGAUCCUUCGAAGGUUGGAGAUGCCACUGGAGUUGAAGCUGCUGAUGGACUCCGCGCUCAGGAUUGGAUCUCGUACAGUCUCAUGAUCGUUGGAUGGUUCAUCUUGAUCAGGUCUGUCAGCCAGUUCAUCCGUGCCAGGCGGCAAGAGAUGAUUAUUCGUGGCACCAACGACAGAGGUCUCGGCACGGCUGUUGUGGCAAGCAACGAGACGCCCGAGCAAGCUGUCUAG